UCGGCCAAUGGGAAGCCGUGACGGCGGGGCAUUGUGAUGCAAAUCAGCGCUCUAAGUAAAAGGGGCCGCGCUGGCCGGAGCCGAGCUGAGUCUGACCUGCAAGUUUCCAGCACAGUACCGUCAGAGCGCCCCAUGCAUCGCCUACAGAACACCGAGCGAGCCGAUCUGCUGGAGCCUUUGCGAUCCUCGGGUCAUUAGUCCCCUGCACAGCCAGCCUGGGAUCCGGACAAGGCUUGAAGUCACACACAGGAGAACUGGUGAGAACCUGGGAUCACUAAGUUGGGAAGCGCUUGUGCUGGAGGAGCUGUGCUCACUGCAAUCUUACCCAAACUUCUGGGAUUACUGGGAGAGCUCCCCCCUUUCCUGGCCUCCUGGAUCCAGCUGUGCACAAGUAGUGGAGGGAGCUAUAAAGUACAGGGGGGUUAGGAGCUUCAGCACCCACCAAGACGGGUCUACUACAGAGCUGGCCACCCACACAAUCUGGGCUCACCUGCACAGAGCCAGCACGCCAGGACCAGAUCCCCGGCUCCAGAUUCAGACCAACAGGACCAACUUUAAAGAGAUCCAUGCCAACAGAACCCACUUCUGAAGAGAUCUUACCAUCAGGAUCUGCUUUAAAAAAUAGCCCUACCAACAGGACUCAUUCCUAAGGAGAUCCCUGCCUACAGGUUCUGCUCCUAAAGAGAUCCCUACCAACAGGACCCUUUCCUAAGGAGAUCCCUACCUACAGGAUCUGUUCCUAAAGAGUUCCUUACCAGCAGGACUUUCUUCUAAAGAGAUCUCCACUGACAGGAUCUACUUCAAAAGAGAUCCCUACCAACAGGACCAACUUCUAGGUCUUUUCCACCAGGAUCCUUCCUCCUUCGCCACGCAGAGACCUUACCCUCUACCCACCUGGAUCCCUCCUAGCCAUGAGCCAGACAGAAGUGUCCACCUGCUCCAUCCCUCACACCCAACGGGUGUUCCAGGAGGCUGUAAGGAAGGGUAACACCAAGGAGCUCCACUCCCUUCUCCAGAACAUGACCAACUGUGAGUUUAAUGUCAACUCCUUUGGCCCAGAGGGCCAGACAGCAUUGCACCAGUCUGUAAUUGAUGGCAACCUGGAGUUGGUCAAGCUUCUGGUGAAGUUUGGAGCCGACGUCAGACUUGCCAACAGGGACGGUUGGAGUGCCCUGCACAUAGCGGCCUAUGGUGGCCACCAAGACAUUGUCCUCUAUCUCAUCACCAAGGCCAAGUAUUCGUCCAGCAGUCGGUAACUGCCCGCAGGACAAGCAGUGACAUUCCAUCACUUCCUGUUUUCUGGGGGUUUAAAUAAUUUUUGUUGUGUAUGUUUUAAUUUUUUAUUUUAUUUUUUUAAUUAAAGAGGCUCCGCUGCUUAAGGUUUCCAAACAAGGCUCGUGAUAUCGGAGGGUGUAAUCCCCAAAUAUAUGUUUUCAUCGGAUCCUUUACAACUGCUGGUUACUAAUUUUUAUUUCUUUUACAGCUGUAAAAACAUUUUUUAAAAGUUAUAUUUUUCCAUAAGGAACUUUAAUUUUCUUUAUAUUAGGUACAAAAUAUUAUGUUUUUUUUUUUUGUUUAUUCAUGGAAAGUGACUCCUGCCUCUUUGUAUGUAUGUCUUUUUUUAUUUUCUGUUUGACAUGAUAAAGCUGCUCUUUGGUCUCCAGGUUUUAGGAAGUUUGGGGCCCACAAAGAUACAUUUUAUUUCAUUUUUUUUUCUUAUUUUGUUUUUAUGUCCUUUUUUUUUUUUUUUAUCUUUUUUUUUUUACAUCUACCUCGACCUUAAGCACAGUAUUUCGAGAAAUAUAAAAACAGCACCAGAUACUGUACGCUGCACUUGUAGGUAAUGUGUUUAAUGUUUUUUAUCCCAGAUCAAUAUUCUCCUAUAUAAAUAUCUUCAGUUGUAUCCCUUCCCAAUCCCUCGAGAGAUUAACAUUUCAGCAGAAAAAAAUGUUGCAAAGUCCCUUUAAAGUAUUGAGUUGGCCAUUCUGUAUGGGAACCUUCUGCUCCUUAAAAGUAUUGCCCCUUUCUAAUUAAACAUUUUUUUUUUUAUAUUUUUCUGCAAACAUGCAUAUAGGUAUUUUUUAUCAUAUGACGUUUCCUUUCUAGGACAAAAGACUUGAAUAAGAUGCUAUUAAGUGUUCAGAUUUAGUGUGUGUAUAUAUUUUGUGUGUAUUGCACACGUACAUUAUAUAUAUAUAUAUAUAUAUAUAUAUAUAUUUAUAUAUAUAUAUAUCUCAUACUAAGUUGCGCACGGUUUUGCACAAAAAAGGAGCAAGUGCACCAUCUGCUGUCUGCAAAGAGAAUUGUGACCUGUUGACUACUGAGUUCUGUUUUGGAUGUUUUGGAACCACAUUAUGUGGAUUUAAAUAAGAAGUAGAGAAGCAACAGGAUUGUUUGUUUGAUAUAUCUGACAAACGCUGCUGUAAAGACAAACAAAGAAAUACAAAACUCCUUUAAUUAUUAUGCAGAUAAGACAGGACGCAUAUGUGUAUUUUAUCUGGAAUAGGAGCAUCUUAUUAUGGUCCAAAUUUGCCCAAAACACCCUCAAAAUUAGUAUUUGGUCAAUUAAUUAAAGGCGUAAAAGCUGAAUAUUGUUUGACUUCCAUUGACUGGGUGCAAAUCUCAAAAAAUUUUGUGCAAAUUUUUUUCCCUGUAAAUUUAUGGUAAAAAAAAAAAAAAUUAAAUUUGCAUCCAAGUUCUUUUCAAAAUUUUGUUUGUUUAGAAUUAUCCCCUAAAUGUAAUAUUUGAGGCUGCCAUUUUUUUUAAAAAUUAAAACAAUAAAAACCACAAGGUAAAUUUCACUCGGUAUUCAGCAGCAGUACAGAAGGUUUUUUUUUUUUUUUUGCCAACCUAUAAUCGGUAUAUGCAUCUUACCCACUUGCCUGCUGUGUUAAAUUGCACUGUAUACUGCUAUGUCCUGCAUGCAGGUUAGCCUUAAAGUAUCGCCUUUUAAUGAUCAUAGGAUUUCUGGUUGAUGUGAGGCACCAUACCCGUCACUGUACCCUUAAAACAUUUUUUUUUUUUUUCCUUUAAGUAACUUUGUAAAACUAGGAAUUGGAGCAGGAAAUCUAUUACAACUGAACCAUUUUGCGUUAAACUUAUCCAAGACCUGCAGCCAUAAGGGCCACAUAAACCAUGUAAUCUAUGCUCUCUAACAAGGUCCCUUUAAGCAUCUUGUAUAUUGUUUAUAAAAAAAGAAAAAGAAAGAAAAAAGUAAAGUCGAGUCGUGUAACUUUUAUUAAAAAAAGUCUUGUUGUGCUGAAUUUUCAGCAUUUUUUCCUUCUUAUUUAAUUGGUCUACAUUGUUAGGCUGGCGUAUUACUUGGCACGGAGCUUUGCCUCUCUGUGCAAUAGUUUUUGAGUGGGUUGGGGGAGGGGGGGGGCAGCAUUUUUUUUUUUACAAAAAUAACAAAAAAUUACUUUAAAAUGGGUUUGUGGGCAAAAGGGAUAGUGUGUAUAAAAAAAUGGAAAAAAUACAGCUUGUUGCACAUUUUUAAGUGGAUCUGCCACUAAUAAUGUCAUAAUAUUUAUGAUGUAAUUACUCCAAUGUUCAUCCCAAGGUGUUUUUUUUUUUUUGUAAGAUCUCAGUUGUUAAAGGGAUAUUUAGUUCAGGUGUUGCAUUCCUUCUCUAACUGUGAAACUUAUUAUUAUUUUUAUUUUUUUGCAAUAAUCAAAUGCAUUUUUUUUUUAUGUGGCUGGGAUUAAAAUAUUCGUGGCCACCAUAUGUUCUCAAAAUCAGCUUCUGUCCUGCCCACCCCCGCCUUUUUCUCCCCCUCGUCUCAUAAUAUGACCCCUGCAUGCCACCACUAGACCAGCUCUGCGCUAGGAGCAGGUGCAUUGGCUGACUUCUCAAUAGUCUGUCCCAUUUCACUGUCUCUUCUCUUUCAUUGUCACAGGAGUCCCCCGACCCCCACUUUUUUUUUUUUUAACAUCCCCCCCCUCCUUCCCUGUUUUUUUUUUUUUUUUUUUUUUUUUUUUUUAAAUCCUUGGGAUGAACAGGAUGGUGUGGCUGUAAUCUGCUCCAGAAAGGAGUUUUGUCUGUGAUCAAUUGUGUUCUAGAUACGGAAACUUUCUUUUUAAUUAUGUUAAUUAAAGUUAUAGGCUUAUAUUGAAGCUGUGUUUGAGAUCGCCAUGUUGUAACUGGAUGAAGUCUGUAAAAUACAGCAAUAUUUGAGUGUAUGAUAUGACCUGUAGCCUCUGAAAGAAUUUUAUAAAAAAGAAAAAUACAAAAAAGAAAAUUCUGGCUCUUUUUUUAUUCUUUUUUGUUUUGGGAACUCCUCAGACCUGGAUCAUUAAAAUGAAGGGGUACACAGGACUUGCUGUUCAAAUAAUCUCAUAAAACAAUCCUGAUAAGUCACCUUUAUGAAUCCUGUAACAAAAUUCCUUCCAACAUGGAACUUCAAUAAAAUAAAAAUUCUCUGUAA